GGGGGAGUCAUCUGACUGCUGUGUUCACUUAUUUACAAAAGUUUAUUUUUGAUUUUUUUAUUUCUACCAUUCUAUGUUUGAUGGCAUCAUUAUUUAAUAUGGGAUCCCUGUUCUUUAUAGUGGUGACAGCAUCUUUAACCCAUGCCUCUCUGACACGCUCUGAUGAUGCUGAGGAUUUCCUGUCCAUCGGCCUGAAGGAGGGCUCCAUGGGGGAGGUCAGCCAGAGCAGUAGUGGUGCUGACCCGGUCACCUUCACCCCUGCUGAGGAAGGCAGGAGGCGUCCCAGGAGGUGCACAUGUUACACCUACAGAGACAAAGAGUGUGUGUACUACUGUCACCUGGACAUCAUCUGGAUCAACACACCGGAGCAUACUGUACCCUAUGGGAUGUCCAGUGACUCAGGCUCCCUGCGCCUGAAGCGCUCUGCCCAGAGGAGCAGGAAUGGGGCCGUGGCGAGGCGCUGUGCAUGCAGGCUGCAGACGGACUCAGACUGCAGGAGCUUCUGCAUAGACAGGCAGAGGAAGGAGCUCCUUGUAAGACGUAAAGCAAAGGAGAGGACGUCCCAUUUCUACAGACGGGACAGGACGGGGAUUUUAAGAUGAAGAGCCUGGGCUCUAACCUGAGAGGGAAAAGGCUGCUGUUGGUGCCGUGCAGGCGGCUCUGGGUUUCUACGGAGCAGAUCCAUCCAAGCUGAACGUUCUUCCCUUCUUCUCUCUGACGGCCAUCGCUCUCAGCAGUGCAGGGUCAUCAUUCCAGGAGGUUUCACAAUAGCUUUGCUAUCUUAUUGGAAAGCUUGUCUGAAAUUCA